GCCUGAGGAAGAUUGAAGUAUGCAUCUGACUCUCCUCUCUGAAGGCUCCAGUGCACAUCUGCGUCACCUACAGGGGAGGGGGCGGCUCGGAGGGAGGCGCUGAGGAGGCAGAUGGAAAAUUGUACAGUGAGGACCUUGACAGCUUCACAGGCGGGGAGCUGGUGUCCCCCCGCCUCGUGAUGUAUAUAAAAGAAGACCCGCUUGCUCCCUUCGCCAGCUCCCAGGCUUUGCUUGCCCAGAUAACUGCAAGCAGGGGAAUCCCCUGAGAGACUGAGGGUGGGUGGGUGACUUUAUUCUCUCCUUCUACCCUGUCACUGAGCAAUGCGAGGCGGAGGAAGAGCCCCCCGGCGUUAUACCCUGGCAGCGGCGACUGAGCCCGCUCUCGGCUUGUGUCUGUGAAUCAGAUUAGUGCUUCUCGAGCAGCCUCCCUCAUCCCCGCUCCUUUGCAAGUCUCUCUCUUUCCUGAGAGCUGCCUCUGCCUCUCUCCCCCGCUUUUCCUUUAUCGCUCUCCAGCUCGGUGCGCCUCUCCAUUCUCCGUCCUCCCUGCGUGUGUGUCCCCCGCCCCGCGCCACUGCUUUCGGCCGGGCCCCUCAGCAUGCCCAGCUGUGCUUGGAGAGGCUGGGGUUGCUAAACCGGGACUUUCCGCAGCUGCCGGAGGGCCAUCGCCGCGCGCGCGCGGAGCUGGGCGUAGCAGCUCAGCGGGCGCCCUCCUGCCUGGGCCAUUUUGCAGUGUCAGACUGCGCGUCGCGCCGCUCGUGCCUCCCCGGCUGCAGCCCCCUUCCCGCGCGGUGCUCUUAUCCCCUCGCUCUCUUCCCCGCUUGCCCAAAGCAGCAGCAGCAUGUCAGGCUCGGGCAGGAAGGACUUUGACGUGAAGCACAUCUUGCGCCUUCGCUGGAAACUAUUCAGCCACCCGUCGGCGCCGGCCGGGCCGGUGGGGGGCGGCUGCUUGCAGCCGGACGGCAGCUUCGAGCACUGGGGGCCGAGCCAGAGCCGCCUGCUGAAGAACCAGGAGAGGGGCAGCAGCGCCUUCUGGAAGAAAUCAUCUUCCUCCAGCCCGCUGAACGGGACCCUGCUGCCCGCCACCAGGCAUGGGCUGGGCCAGCGGCCGUCGCCCAGGACCGUCUUCUACGUGGAGACCCUGGAGGAGGAGGAGGUGCGCGGCGGGAUGGAGCUUACCCGAGAGCAGGAGAAGUCGCUGGUGCUGCAGGAGAUGAAGGAGGAGCCGGCGGACUGUUCGGACUGCAGCAGCCAAGCAACAGGUGAAGGAUGUGGACACAGAGCAUCAUCAUCUUUAUCCUUCUGACAUGUACUGUUCAGCACAGUGAGUCAAGUAUACUUCUACAUUCAAAAAAACUGACAUUUCAUCUUACUGUUUAACACCUGACUGAUAGCUACCAUGUGCUGCCAACAAUCUUCUCUAUGCCCUGACCACUUUUGUUUUGCUUUCUAUAGAAACUAUGAUUGCUGAAAUGUAGUAUCAACUUCACUGCUUGUUUACAUCAUUGUUUCUGUAAGAUAUAUGAUCCAUGGUUCAUUGUUGAAUGACAGCCUGAUUCUAUCUAGGUCUAUGGCACAAGUGCAAACCUGCUAACCAUAUACCAAUGUGUUCGGCCCACUGAGUAUGAAAUUGUUCAAGUCUUGCAGCUCUGGUUUCCCAUAUGUUGAUAUGUGGUUUAAGACUGCUGUAACACUUCAGAUAUUUUUGAUUCUGGGAACUGAAACAGCAAACUUGUUUACUACAAAACUGGAAGUCCUGUAAGAUGUCAAAUUCCAUUCAUACAUUGAAAUUGUUGGUAUACCUUUUGAUAUUAUGAUAAACUGAAGAUAACGUAAGUUAUUCCUAAAAUGGUGUACUUUAGUAUGAUGGUAUAUCUGUCUUAUAGGAAAUAUAAAUCCACAGUAUAUACAGUAAAAAUCCUUUCAAGAAAAGAAAGGAAAUAAUUUUGCAUUUCUUGAAUGAAUGUUAGCUUUUUCAUAACAGUAAUUUUAAGACAUAUUUUCAUGUUUGAAAUUUUAAAUAAAUACCUCA